AUGUUUAACAACUAUAAUAUGAAUUUAAAACAAAACCAAUUUUAUGAGUAGUUUUAAGAAAAGCUUCAAGAUGAUUUAAAAGAAGAAUUCAAUCUAUUUAUUGAUCAAUUUGAAUUUUAAAUAAAUUAACAUCUUUUUGAAUAAGAAAAAUUGUUAGAUCAAAUAAAUAAUUUGUAAUUGCAAACUCAAAAUAAAUUAGAUUAAGAAUUAGCUAAGUAAAGUGUAUUAUAAUUAUAAAUUAGUAAUUUUGAUCUCUAAAAAUAAAUUAAUUAGUAGAAUGAAUAAUUGUAAUAACAAAAUACUUAAAUUUCAUUUUUAAAUAAAUCGAUGAAAAAUGUAUAUAUAGAAAAGAUAGAUUUAUUUUCACCUAUUAAAGUACCUUCACUUUCUCCACAAAUAACUCGAACAUAAUGUAAUCUCUUUUUGUUAUGAAUUAGCAAUUAAUAAAUAAGUAAAGAGAAAACUAUUAUUGACAGAUAAAGAAAAUGAUAAUUAAUACAGUAGUAUAAAAAAGAUAAGACAGAAUGAGAAUUUUAUAGAUGAAUAGGAAUUUUUACUUUAUUUUAAAGAGCAAUGUAUAAAAGAAUUUUUAGAGAAAUAAAUGGAGAGAGAAUAAAUGUUGUAUAAAUUAUGGUAGAAAAUGUAGAAUUAGAGUUUGGAGAAAUGUUAAUAAUUAUAAGAAACAAUAGAUUUAGUUUGUUCUUAGAUGGAUUUUUAUAAAUAACAAUAUGAUACAGAUAUUAAACUCUAUAUAGAUGCACUUUAAUAAUAUGAAAUUAAAGUAUCAAAAUAUUAGAUUUGUUUUUAAUAUAUUGUAUAAAAUAUAACAAAUUAAGUUGAAAUUAAUAGUAUUAUUGAUUUAGCAAAGAAUCUAAAUACAGAAUUCAAUAAUAUAAAUGAUAUGGAUAAAUUAAUUGAUGUCUUAAUGGAAUUUAAUUAAACAAGUUAGAAAUUUAAUAUAAGUCUUCAAAAUAAUUAAAAUUUGAAAAUUUAGAAUAUGUAAAAUUAAAUUCAAGAAUUAGAAUAAUAGAAAAUAGAAUAUAAUGAUAUAAAAAUAUAAAGAUAAGAAUUAUUAGAAUUAAGUUAAUAGAUGAAUAGUAAAAUCAUGCAACAAUCUAAUUAAAUUGAAGAAAUGAAUUAAUAAAUAGCAUCUUUAACUUAACUAUUUUCUAAAUCAUUGUAAGAUUUAGAAAGAAUAUAAAAUGAGAAUGAAACACUAAGAAAAUCUUAUAAUUGUAACACAAACUUUAAUAAUACUAUAACAAGUAGAACUUAAGAAGAGAGUGUAAAUUUAAAGAAUCAUUUUAUUGCAAAUAGCUAUUCAACAUAUAUUCCAAGAGAAAGUUUUAGUUGUAAGAAUUCUUAUCGCAUUGAAUAAAGAUAAACAAAUUUUAGUUCAGAUUUCAAAAAAUAACAACCUAAUCAUGAACUUGAUGAUAUUUGUUAUUUAUUAGAUUAGUUAAUUAAUCAAGGUUAUUCAAAUAAUACUCUUGAUUUCAUUAAUAAUGUAAAUUACUAAAUUUAAUUUUAUAGUUCUAAUGUUAAUGUGGUAAUUUUAAAAAUCAAAUGUUAUGGUAAAAACUUAAAGAUUUCUUAGUAAUUGUUUACUAUUCUUAUAAUUAAUAAGAUGAUAUAUUUACAUCUUUAAAUAAAUUUAUUUGUGAACUUAAAUUGCCUAUUAAUUAAUUUCAAUUAAUUAUAGAAGAUGGUUUAUAAAAUAUAAAAAGUAAAUUAGAGUCAAAUUCAAUUUUAUUAUGUUAGUUAUUACAUAGAAUUGUAUCUGAUAUUCAGGAUAUGAAAUCAUCAUAAACAUAUAUUUAUGAAUCAAACUUUAAAACAGGAGAAUCUCAAAAAGAUUAUUCAUAAAGUAUAAUGUAAGAAUUAACCAAUCUAUCUAAAUAAUUAAUUCACAUUUGUUAAGAAAAUGAUGAUAUUAUUGUUUUAUAAAUUGAAAGAUAAAUUGAAAUAUAAGAAUAAUUAAAACUUUAAAGAAAUAAAUAACUCAGAGAUAUUUAAACAAGCACUUGUAAAAUUUUAAUGGAAUUAUUUAAAGAAUGGAAAUAAAAUUAUCUUAACAUUUCAUAGAUCUUAUUAAUUCUAUGUAAGGGUUGGCAAUAAUUAUAAUAAAAUAAAUAGGAUAGAGUUUUAGAUGGAAUAUUGAAAAGUGUACAUAAUGAAUUAAAAUAAUUAUAAAAAUCUAAUUUAGGAUAAAUAAUUAGUUAAGAAUUGAAAACAUUUUCAUUUAUAUAUAAAUUAUGAACUCUAUAAUAAAACAAUAUUUCAAUAAAAUUGCUUACGGGAAUACACAAGCUCCUUUGACUGAUCCAUAAAGAGUUCUAGAUGUUGAUAACUUUGUUUUUUUGAUAUCUUCUUUUCUAGAAGAUCAAGAUUUAUUACAUUUUAUAUAAGUAAUAUGAAUUACUUAUAUUAUUAGAUAAAUGAAAAGAUCUGGCACUUAUCAAAAGGAUGUAAUCAAUUAAAUGUUAGAGUCUUAGAAAUUAGAUUAAAUAAGUAAAAAAUCAUAUUAGAUGUAAAUGAUUUUGUCAUUCUCUCUAAUAGAACUAUAUCCAAGAUCCUAGUUUUUUAAGUAAUAAAAAUAAUAACUAAUCUUAUUUUUAUUAAUUCAAUAAUAAUACACUUUAACAAAAAUACUUCACAAAAGUAUAAGAUUUCCUCAGAAAUAAAAAGGUCUAAUAAUAAUCAUAAAUAUAAAUAUAAAAUAAUUAAAGCUAAUAGAAUGAUAUAAUAAUCUUGAAAGAUGAGAAUAUAUAGUGUUAAACAAAAGUUUCUAAGAAUGAUAUAGAAAAAUUGAUUUCAAAUAUUUACAAUUUAAUAAACGAAGAACCAUGUUAAGAAAUCAAAGAAUUUAAACUUAACAUAAAAAUAGUAUUAUUAUUUAUAUUAAUUUUAGAAUGAUAUUACUAAAAAUUUAUGUCCUGUUGUUUAAUAUAAUAGAGUGAAGUAAUUAGCUAAUAAGAUAAAAGGUAAGAAAUAGUAUGAAGUUAUACAUAUAUGAAUAUACAUUGUGAUUAGCAAUAUAUUUUGGAUUAUUGUAUAUUAGUUAUAAUAUUAUAUAAAAUGAGAUCAGGCAUAUUAAUUUAUUUAAUUAUGUGGUAAAUCAUUAAUUAAUUAAGAAAGCAAAUUUUUUUAAAUAAUACUCUUAAUAACGAUCAGCAAAAAUGGAUCAAAAGAAGAAAAAUCCAAUCGACCCUAAAGACAAAGUAUUUUAAUUAAGAGGUUCUGCAAAACCAAGAACAUCUUUUUUCGUUUCCAAGAUCUUUUUGAAGAAGUUUGAUGAAGUUGAAAUUCAUGCGCUUGGAGAUGCUAUAUCAGGAGCUGUUAGAUGUGCUGAAACUCUUUAGAGAUAGGGUUAUAAAUAUUUAUUAAUUUAUUAGGUCUUGCUACAAUCUAAAAGAUUGAAACUUUAACAUAAUAACUAGAAAGUAGAUCAAAGGCUAAAAUUAUUGUAUCCCUUAAAGUAACACCAGAUGGAAAGAGAAGAAUUAAUGAAGAAAUCAAAUAAUGAUUUGAUUUUCAUUAGAAUAUUAAAAACAUAAAUUAAA